AAGUGCAGCCAGUUUCUUCCAUCCGUUUUUUUAUCGAGAGAGAGAGAAUGGCGAAGGCAACAGAACAAAAACUCCCGGUUAAGGCUCUUGGCUGGGCGGCUACAGAUCAAUCUGGCAUUCUCUCGCCUUUCCCUUUCUCUAGAAGAGAAAAUGGGGACGAUGAUGUCACUGUAAAAAUCCUCUAUUGUGGAGUUUGCCAUUCUGAUCUGCACGCUGCUAAGAACGAAUGGGGCUUCACCAAUUACCCUGUUAUUCCCGGGCAUGAAAUUGUUGGUGUUGCCGCAAAAGUAGGGAAGAAUGUGAAGAAAUUCAAUGUUGGAGACCAUGUUGGGGUUGGGGUGAUAGUGGACUCCUGCAGGACAUGUGACAGCUGCCAGCAGGAUUUGGAGAACUACUGCCCUUAUACCGUAUUUACUUAUAACUCCCAUUCCCAGGAUGGAACAAAAACUUAUGGUGGUUAUUCUGAUAUUAUUGUUGUGGACCAGCGCUAUGUCCUCCGUUUUCCCGAUAACUUGCCGCUUGAUGCUGGUGCACCGCUUCUGUGUGCUGGAAUCACAGUGUACAGCCCAAUGAAGUAUUAUGGAAUGACUGAGCCAGGGAAGCAUUUGGGUGUGGCAGGACUUGGUGGGCUUGGUCAUGUUGCUGUCAAGAUUGGUAAGGCGUUUGGGCUAAAAGUUACUGUCAUCAGUCGCUCCCCAAACAAGGAGAGUGAAGCGGUUGACAGACUUGGUGCUGAUUCAUUCCUCGUCACAAGUGACUCUGCAAAAAUGAAGGCAGCCAUUGGUACCAUGGAUUACAUCAUUGACACAGUCUCAGCAGUUCAUCCUCUUCAACCACUGAUCAGUCUUCUGAAAAUAAAUGGGAAGCUGGUUACUUUGGGCUUGCCUGAUAGGCCCCUGGAGCUGCCUAUUUUUCCAUUAGUUUUGGGGAGAAAGCUUGUUGGGGGAAGUGACAUUGGAGGGAUGAAAGAGACACAGGAAAUGCUGGAGUUUUGUGCCAAGCACAAAAUUUCAGCAGAUAUUGAGCUGAUCAAGAUGGACGAAAUUAAUACAGCAAUGGAAAGGCUGGCCAAAUCCGAUGUCAGAUAUCGGUUUGUGAUCGAUUUGGGAAACAACUCCUCACAAUAGAUGAGUUGCAAUGCCUAGAUUACUGGGCUUUUUGAUUACCCUACUAGAAUAAUUUUGAGAACUUUUAUCACUGAAUAUACGCUCUAGGGGAUUGAAAUUUUAGGAAAUCUUGUCAUGCUGUCCUAAUUUGGUAAUUCCCAGUGCAAGUUGGCUAAUGCUACACUAUUACUACGUAACUUCUGUCUUUGCUCUA